CCAUGAUGAAAUACAUAUAGAAAACAAUAGGAAAAUAUUUAAUAAUUUUAAAACAUAGAGGAGUUUUAUGUAAAUUAGAGGAACCGAUCCAUCGUUCGUUGGCUGUAUAAAAAGGUUGCCUCUCCGACUAACAACAACAACAUCUCGGCGAAAAAGGAACAUGGCAAAGGCUCGGAAGCCGAAGAACGAGGAAGCUCCUGGCGCUAAGACUUCGGAGAACACUGGAGCUAAAGUUCUUCACCAGAAGCUCUUUCUUUCUAUCGACUUCAAAAAACGCCAAAUCUACGGUUACACAGAGUUAGAAGUGAGUGUGCCAGAUAUUGGUAUAGUGGGACUACACGCAGAGAACUUGGGAAUUGAGAGUGUUUUGGUAGAUGGGGAACCUACUGUAUUUGAGUACUAUCCGCACCAUCAGAACUCUGAAACUGAGAGUAAUUGGAACUCGGUCACAGACCCUGCUUCAGCAGCUGAUGCCGCGGCCAUGGAAUAUAUUGGGGUUCUUAAGAGAGAAGACACUGCAAAUUUACUGAUCAAUUGUUGCAAGCCCUCUAAGGAUCUAUCUGAACAGCUGGAUAAUGUGACUUUAGAAAAUGGUUCCCAAUCUUCCGGGGAGGUAAAACAGAAUGUUAAAUUGAUUCGGAUUAACUACUGGGUAGAGAAAAUAGAGGCAGGAAUUCAUUUUGUUGGGAACAUUGUACAUACUGAUAACCAGAUGAGACGUGCCCGUUGUUGGUUUCCUUGCAUAGAUGAUGAGUACCAUCGUUGCAGUUUCGAUUUGGAAUUUACUGUUCCGCACAACUUUGUGGCUGUUAGUGUUGGGAAACUACUCUACCAGGUUAUGUGCAAAGAAGAUACUACUCGUAAAACGUAUGUUUAUGAACUAGCUAUUCCUAUCGCACCGCGGUGGGUGUCUUUAGUCGCAGGACCAUUGGAAGUCCUUCCAGAUCGGACCAACUUUCUCAUAUCUAACUUGUGUUUACCGCAUGAUCUCUCGAGGCUUCGUAAUACAAUGGAAUUUUUCCAUGAAGCUUAUAGCUACUAUGAGGAUUAUUUAAGCGCGAAUUUUCCAUUUGGAUUCUACAAGCAAGUUUUUUUACCUCCUGAAAUGGUUGUUACCUCGUCGACUUCGGGAGCUUCCUUGAGUAUCUUUAGCUCCCACAUGCUAUAUGACGAGAGGGUUAUUGAUCAGACAAUAGAUACACGCAUUAAACUUGCUUCUGCGUUAGCAAAACAGUGGUUUGGAGUUUAUAUUACUCCUGAAUCACCAAAUGAUGAUUGGCUCCUCGAUGGUCUUGCUGGUUUCUUAACGGAUAUGUUUAUCAAGCAGUUUUUGGGAAAUAAUGAAGCACGAUACCGGAGAUACAAGGCAAAUUGUGCUGUCUGUAAAGCUGAUGAUAGUGGUGCAAUGUGCUUGAGCGCAUCUCCUUCUUGCAAGGACCUAUUUGGAACUCAUUCUAUUGGGAUGCAUGGGAAGAUACGAUCAUGGAAAUCAGGAGCAGUCCUUCAGAUGUUGGAGAAGCAAAUGGGCUCAGACUCAUUUCGGAAAAUAUUGCAGAAAAUUAUUUCUCGAGCCAAGGAUCCAUCUAAUUCUAUACGGUCUCUUAGCACGAAGGAGUUCCGGCAAUUUGCUAAUAAGAUUGGAAAUCUUGAGCGUCCAUUUCUUAAAGAAUUUUUUCAGCGAUGGGUUUCAUCUUGUGGUUGUCCCGUGCUAAGGAUUGGGUUGUCUUACAACAAAAGGAAAAACAAUGUUGAAAUGGCUGCUCUACGCGAAUGCACGGCUGCACUGGAUGCAAGAUUAUCAGUUAUUGGGGCUACUUCUGAUUCAGAAAGCCGGGAUGUGGAUGCUGGCUGGCCGGGUAUUAUGAGUAUAAGGGUUUAUGAACUCGAUGGAAUGUCUGAUCAUCCAAAGUUGCCUAUGGCUGGAGAUAGAUGGCAGCUACUGGAAUUACCAUGUCAUUCUAAACUUGCUGCUAAACGCUAUCAAAAACCAAAGAAGGGAGGGAAACCUGAUGGGGCUGAAGACAAUGUUGAUGCUAUAGCACCGUUAGAAAAUAAAACGAGCAUUGAAUCUCCCUUGGCUUGGAUUAAAGCUGACCCUGAGAUGGAAUAUAUUGCUGAGAUUCACCUUCAUCAGCCCCUACAAAUGUGGGUCAAUCAACUAGAGAAGGAUGGAGAUGUUGUUGCUCAGGCACAAGCAAUUGCGUCACUUGAAGCCUUAAAACAACACUCCUUUUCCAUUGUGAAUGCGCUCAAAAAUGUUCUCUCUGACUCCAAGGUCUUCUGGAGAAUACGUAUUGGGGCAGCGUUUGCAUUGGCUAAAACAGCAUCAGAGCAGGAGACUGACUGGGCGGGUUUGCAACAUCUAAUAAAGUUUUAUAAAAGUAGAAGAUUUGAUGCAGAGAUUGGACUCCCCAAGCCGAAUAACUUCCACGAUUUCCCAGAAUAUUUUGUGCUUGAGGCCAUUCCACAUGCCAUUGCAAGAGUUAGGGGUGCUGAGGGGAAAAGCCCUCGAGAAGCUGUUGAAUUUAUCUUACAGCUUCUGAAGUACAAUGACAACAGUGGGAAUCGGUAUUCUGAUGUAUUCUGGCUUGCUGUGCUUGUUCAGUCAGUUGGUGAUCUCGAAUUCUGUCAGCAGAGUCUAACGUUUUUGGCCCCUCUUCUGAAGCGCAUUGACAGACUCUUGCAGUUUGACAGGUUGAUGCCAAGCUACAAUGGCAUCUUGACAAUUAGCUGCAUCCGAACAUUGGCACAGACUGCUCUCAAGCUUUCUGAUUCUAUCAGUUUCGAUCACAUCUGUAAACUUAUUGAACCUUUCCGAAAUUCGGAUACAAUAUUGCAAAUUCGUAUAGAAGCAAGUAGGGCACUUCUUGACAUCGAGUACCAAUCCAAAGGCAUAAGUUCCACACUUUUGUUGUUUAUGAAAUAUGUGGUAGAAGAAUCAUCUUUGAGAGGGCAGGUAAAAUUGUGUGUACACACAAUGCGGUUAUGUCAAAUAGCAGUUGGGUGUGACUCAGACGAUUGUGUCGACACUGUUAGUCUUCUGGAUUUGCUGCAUCUAUUCAAGAGUCAUGUAGUAUUCAACAAUGAACUUCUUCGCUACUACUUGUUCUGCAUUUUUCAAAUUCUCGCGGGAAGACCCCCAACGUUGUUUGGUGUGCCCAAAGAAAAACCUUUGCAGCUUGUUGAUGUGGCGGCCUGCAUUGAGCCGAAAAAUGUAUUUUCGGUUCCGGGAGCAGAGGCAGGGGAGCCUUCACUGGCACUUGGAGAUGCCAACGGACAAUCGCUGGAUGUUGCUCCUUAUGGUGUUCCAAUAAGACCACAGGAAAUGUUCAUGCCUAUUGUUCCUGAACUAAAGUUGCCAGAACCUGUUGCAGCGUAUGAUGAGACACAGCAUCUUGAACCUCGCAUGGAAAGUCAAAACCAACCUUCACAUGAAAAUCCCAUCAUUCAUGAGAUUCCGUCGGAUGGUGAAGGUCCAACAGAAGAAUUCGCUAAUAGGGAAGCAAACCCUCCAACAAAGGAACCUCAAAAAGAACCUGAUGUGGUUUCUGUGUCUGUUAGUCAUGAGGUGAAGAAGUCUGUUAUACGGAUCAAGGUCAGACCAUCUGGUGCAACCAGCAGAGCCGAGGGAUCAGCACGAACCAUAGAAAGAUCUCAAGGGAUUGUGGUACGCCAUGAUAUAGACAGAGGACAAACUAGUUCAGCUUCAGUGGACGCCCCACAGAGAAUCUCAACUGAUGCUGUGAGCAUAAGCAAUCAGAAUCACGUGGAGGAAGUAAACUCGUGUCACGAUGUUGGUUCUCGCAUGACUGCGAGUAUCGGCAGUGUAAAAUUUGCAAGCGAAGGAGAUACUUUUGGGAAAGAGUUGCAAUGCACUGCUGAGUCUGGGAAAACUUCGACAAGCCAGAAAGCAGAUAAUAACAACCAAACAGUAGCGCCUAGCAUCUUACCACUAGACCAUAGUAUGGAAAACGAGGCACAGCAGAAAUACGCGAGCCUUCAAACACUUUCGGUUGGUAAAGAAAAGGAAAAGAAGAAAGACAAGGAAAAGAAAGAGAAGAAGAGGAAAAGAGAAGAUCCCGUUUAUCUAGAGAAGAAAAGAUUAAAGAAAGAGAAGAAACGAAAGGAGAAGGAAAUGGCGAAGCUCGUGAGCAGCUCUUCAGAUCCAGCUACAAAGAAGAUAGAGAGUGUAGCGGAGGCUAAAGCAGAAGAAGCAAGUGAUGGUGCCAUGUUGAUUAAGGUUGAACCAAAGGCUGAGCCAUCAGCAGCAACAGAAGCUCGUCCGCUUCCCAAAUUCAGAAUCAAACUGAAAAGCAAAGCGUUCAACAACUCAUAAGGUAAGAUCCGAGCCAGUCUCUCCCGCGAAUAUCUGAGUAGUACUUAAAUUUCCAAAAGCUUUGUUGUUGCAACUUGCAAGGUGUGAUGUGUGUCAAUGUGAUCUAUUUGUUCAAUGCGAUUUAGCCUCUCUUUCUAGCUUCGGUUACACGCCAGAGUUGAAGCGCACUCCACGUCAAUUUCACAAACUAACGUUGGAUUGAGAAACAGUUCACAUUUAAUACUAAUGGACCGAUCUGACAAUUA